CUCAAAAAAUUACUAGUGAGAGACAGAGAGAGGUUCCAGCAAAUUCACCACGAGAGAUAGAGAUAGGUUCCAUCAUCACCCAAUUGAGUUAGUUUUUGUCAUUCACGAUCUAUCAUAAUUUUUCGAUUAUUUCUGCAAAAACCCACCUCUCAUCAACUGUAUAUCAUAAGAUGAACAAGUAUACAGCAAUUUGUUGAAAAAUCGAGACAGCUACCAGCCUACUGCUUCCGAUCUGUACCGCGUUUUACUCAGACUACAAGAUUUGAAGAUGGGUAAACCACCAUGAAACUACUCAGUGAAUUUCACCCAAGUUGCAGAGGUGUCGACAUGGAGAUGGGAAUGGCUUCUAUUUCUAUACCACUGUAGGUGGUGAAAAUUCGAUAUUGACUGAAGAUUUGUCAUGGAAGUGGUGGCUGCAGCCGUGGGUUCGUUAUUGGCGGAACCUGCUCGACGCCUCUGCGGUUACAUCUACAGCAAGGUAAGGAAUCCCUCCAACUUGCAAUCAAACUUCACUGCUCUAGAGGAGGAGGUCAGGGCUUUGAUGAGUCAGAAAGAAGACAUGGAAGAGGAACUCGAGGCGGCGGAGUUGGAGGGAAAAGUACCGAAAGCUGACGUGGAAAAGUGGCUAAGAAUGGUCGACGAUGUCAAUUCUGAAGUGAACUCACUGCAACCUACAAUGGCGGCUAGCGGUAAUGGACGUUGUUUUAAUUGCUACCCGCACAAUGAACUAAACAGUAAAGUGGUGGAAACGCUGGAGCAGGUAAGAGAACUAAUUAAAGCUGGCGAUUUCCUGAAAAGAGUUGCAGUUGGGAAUUAUUUGCCAAAACCAGUGGAGCAUAUUCCAGCCCCAAGAAUUGAAAAUCAAACAGGGUAUCAAAAUUUGGUCAAAAUAAUGGAUGCCUUGAGCAACAAUAAGCAAAAUAGGAUUGGUAUUUGGGGUAUGGGUGGCGUUGGGAAGACUACUCUUGUGAAGAACUUGAAUAACAAGCUCCAAAGCUCUUCUUCAACACAACCUUUUAGCAUUGUCAUAUGGACAACAGUAUCCAUGGAGUUGAAUUGGAGAAAAGUCCAAACUCAAAUUGCCGAGAGACUGAAUUUGCAGGUUAAAAUGGGAGAGAGUGUGGAGAGAAUGGCAAUUCGAUUGCAUAAGAGGCUUGCGAAGGAGAAAAAUUUUCUGCUCAUUCUUGAUGAUGUUUGGGAGGCCAUUGACUUGGACCUUUUGGGCAUUCCACGGCCUGAAGCUGAUACAGGUAGUAAGAUCAUUCUGACAUCUCGAUCGUUAGAUGUUUGUAGGGUGAUGAUGACUGAUGUCAAUAUUCAAGUGGAUGUCCUAAACGAUAGAGAAGCUUGGCAGUUGUUUCAUCUGAACACUGGCGACGUAGCCAUGUCAGAACAAAUUAAACCAUUUGCAGAGGCAGUUGCAAAGGAAUGUGGUGGAUUGCCCUUAGCACUCAUAGUUGUGGGGGCUUCAAUGAGGGGGAAGACAAUGGUUGCGCUGUGGAAGGAUGCCCUGAAUGCAUUGCGAAGAUCAGUGCCUCUUGUCAAAGGGAUUGAGGAGAAGGUCUAUAAGCCUCUCAAGUGGAGUUAUGACUCAUUACAGGGUGAGCAUCUCAAGUCAUGUUUUCUGUUUUGCUGCUUGUAUUCGGAGGACUUCCCAAUGGAAGUCUGUGAACUUGUUAGAUACUGGUUUGCCGAAGGUUUACUUGAUCAACGAUACAAUUACGAGGAAUUGGAGAACCGAGGAGUGGCCAUAAUUGAAAGUCUCAUUGAUUCUUGUUUGCUGGAACGUGGUGUGAAAGGAGGGACUGUGAAGAUGCACGACGUCGUUCGUGAUGUCGGUAUUUGGAUUGCAUCCGCCUUGGAAGACGGAUAUAAAUCCCUCAUCCAGUCUGGAAUCGGCUUGAGCCAGAUACCGAAAAAUGAGUUGUCGAAUUGUCCCAGGAGAGUUUCUUUCAUGAAUAACAGAAUAGAAAGCCUACCUGAUUGUGUGAUUCAAUGUCCACGGGCAUCAACUUUACUUCUUCAAGGUAAUCAUUGCCUUGAAGAAGUUCCUGAUCAAUUCCUACAAGGAUUCCAAGCACUCAAGAUCUUGGAUUUAAGUGAAAGCAGCAUCUAUUCAUUGCCUCGCUCUCUCCUUCAACUUGGUGAACUUCGGGCUCUCCUUUUACGUGGGUGUAAAGUACUCCAUAAAUUACCCCCAUUGGGAGGCCUUAGUAGACUGCAAGUGCUUGAUUGCAGUAGGAGUGGUAUCCGAGCAUUGCCAGAAGGUAUGGAAAAAUUGACCGAUCUGAGGCAACUGGACUUGUCAUAUACUCAUAAUUUAACGAUUCUUGCUGGAACUAUAUCAAGGUUGUCUAAUUUGGAGUUUCUAAACGUGCUCGGCAGGUCUUUCAACUUAAGGAGAAAUGAUGAAGCGUCUUUCACAGAUUUGUUAUGCCUCAAACAAUUAAAUGUUUUGUACAUUGAGUUUGACAGCAUCCCAAUUAUCAACCCCAAGGAUAUUUCCUGGUUGAAAACAAUUAGUAAAGUCAACACUUUUAUAGGAAAUCGAGCUCGUGAUCGUAUGCCUGAGAAUGCAGUUGAUUAUAAUGAAGGUUGUGUGAUUCUGAACAAUCUUUGUUUCUCAGGAGAAUGGAUUGGGUGGUUGUUAAUCGGUGCAGCUUCUGUGCAAAUUUUUUGUUGUGAGGGAAUGAAUCGGGUGCUUGAAAAGUUGGCCAAAAACAGUGGUAGUUCUGGUUGCUUUGCUGCUUUGAGGUCACUACAUAUUACUUUUUGUCACAGCAGCUUUCAGUCAGCCACACGAGGAUGUGCUGCACAAUUUGACCUACUGCCAAAUUUAGAGGAGCUUCGUCUCCAUUCGCUCAGUAGACUAGAAAGCAUUUCAGAAUUUGGCGAUAAUCUUGGAUCAAAAUUUUGUAGACUGAGGAGAAUAGAUGUGUUUAGCUGUCCCCAGCUGAAAUAUCUUCUUUGUAUUGGAAGUUCAAUUCUAACAUUGGAGAAACUAGAAGAAAUCAGGAUAGAGUCAUGUGAGAAGCUAAAAGAGCUAUUCAAUUAUGUUGGUUCAACACAUACCUUGGCUCCGGAUCCUACUGUCCCGAACUUGCAAGUAAUGAAAUUAAAAGACCUUCCGGAUUUAGAGAUUCUUUGCAGACAAAAUGAAUCAUGGGGGGGGCUAGAGCUGCUUGAAUCACUUCAUUGCAACAUCAUCAGGAAGCUGCCUCUCAGCACCCAAAAUGCCGACACCAUAAAGGAAAUAAGAGGAGAAUUGCAAUGGUGGAACCAACUGGAGUGGGAUGAUGACGAUACUAAACUAUCUCUACAACGUCACUUCAGGGCUGUUGAUAACUACGGUCACUUAAUUUGCUAGGCCUGGGUGGUGAUGAUUUUGUUGCGGAAAUUGUGAGGAGGUAACUCAAUUUAUGCCCACUCACAUGGUUGUGAGAAUUUUAACUUACAUUGAUGGUGCAUCAACUCUUGGGAUUUGAAGUUUACUAGGAUCCUAGUGCAUUCGCUUAUUGUUGAUUUUGUUGUACUUGUUUGUGGAACUUGAUUUCUUCAAAUGAAAUGCCUACUUUGUUUCAAGAUUUUUUUUUCCUUUCUUUUUUUGUAUCUUCUAUAGAUUCAAUCCAAAACCGUGGGUUUUUUUUUUCUUUCUCUUUUUGGUCCUAGGGAAAGACUACUGAGCUGCUGGGGUGCUCUCCCAAAGACCGUCCCUGCAUGGUGUCGAAGUGUGGGGAGGAUGUUCGAUCUUCACCUUGAUUUGCCUGGACGUUUGCACAGAUGUUUUUCCUUGCAUGGCACCACACCUUAACUUGCAUUGCAUUCCUCCAAAAUUCCUCUGCAGGGGUGGUGGGGAUCUAGGGGGUCUUUUAAUCAUAGCGAUUGCUAGUUGCGAGUUGGACACUGCAAUCACUGUUUAGCAUUUCCCUCUCCUAGCAGGACAAGCCCUUGUGUAUGCUUCGCAACUCAACUUCAAGGCUUGUGUAUCUUUAGAACUUCCAUGUUUUAGACCAGGUAUAUGUUCAGUGAGACACCAGAUUAUGGUCACUGCUGCAUUCAUAAUUCAACCAGUAACCGACUUUGAUUGGACAUUCUCAAAUUGGCAAGGACAAAAGUUCUGUUUUAUUUCAUUAGCUAAUUUUCUUCAUGUUAUAGCUUAUAAUUAGGAGUAUGAGAAUUGUAAUUCAAAUAUUUGCAUGGUGAGCUGACUUACAGAAAGCCCAUUCAUCAAGUUAUCCAUAUGUAAAUGUAUUACGAGAAACAUAUGGGAUUUAACCCGCAGGAAGCGGCUCAGUGGUUCAAUAGAAUGCGGGAUGUAAAUUCAUACAUCUUGAGUUUUCUUAUCCAUAAUAUUCAUUAUACUAUGCCUUAUGAAUGGAAUAUGUAUUUCUUGGU